AUGACCCAUGCCCGCCUCUGGCACCUAGUGGGCCUUCCCCCAGCUCACACAAUACUCCCUUUCCCUGCCCAGGAGCUGGUGAAGAUCCUGCACAAGGCUCUGGAGGCUGCCCAGCAGGAGAAGAGGGCAUCCAGUGCGUACCUGGCAGCAGCAGAGGACAAGGACCGGCUGGAGCUGGUGCGGCACAAAGUGCGGCAGAUCAUGGAGCUGGGCCAGCGGGUGGAGGCCCUGGAGCAGGAGCGGGAGGGCCUGGUGCACGCGGUGAGCCUGCGGGAGCAGCAGGUGCAGGAGCUCCAGCAGCACGUGCAGCUGCUCAUGGACAAGAACCAGGCCAAGCAGCAGGUCAUCUGCAAGCUCUCGGAGAAGGUCACCCAGGACUUCACGCAUCCCCACGACCAGCCCCCUGCACCCCCCAAUGCUGCCGACAGGGACUUCCUGAGCCAGCAGGAGAGGAUAGAGAACCUGAAGGAUGACAUGGAAGCUUACCGGACUCAGAACUGCUUCCUCAACUCCGAGAUCCACCAGGUCACAAAGAUCUGGAGAAAGGUGGCCGAGAAGGAGAAGGCUCUCUUGACGAAGUGUGCCUACCUCCAAGCCAGGAACUGCCAGGUGGAAAGCAAGUACCUGGCGGGGCUGCGGAGGCUGCAGGAGGCCGUGGGGGAUGAGGCCAGCGAGUGCACGGAGCUGCUGAAGCAGCUGGUCCAGGAGGCGCUGCAGUGGGAGGCGGGUGAGGCCACCGACAGCGUGGAGCUGAGCCCCAUCAGCGAGUAUGAUGAAUACGGCUUCCUGACGGUGCCCGACUACGAGGUGGAAGACCUGAAGCUGCUGGCCAAGAUCCAGGCGCUGGAGGUCCGGCGCCUGCGCACUCCCGGCGGCUACCAGGCGCUGCUGAGCCGGGGCCAGGUCUGCGAGCACCCCGCCGCCCGCCAGAUCGAGCUGGACCUGAACCGGACCUUCCCCAACAACAAGCACUUCACCUGUCCCACCUCCAGCUUCCCCGACAAGCUCCGCCGCGUGUUGCUGGCCUUCUCCUGGCAGAACCCUGCCAUCGGCUACUGCCAGGGUCUGAACAGGCUGGCGGCCAUUGCCCUGCUAGUCCUGGACGAGGAGGAGAGUGCCUUCUGGUGCCUGGUGGCCAUCGUGGAGAUCAUCUUGCCGGCCGAUUACUAUAGUAAGACACUGACAGCGUCCCAGGUGGACCAGCGGGUACUCCAGGACCUCCUCUCGGAGAAGCUGCCCAGGCUGAUGGCCCACCUGAGGCAGCACUGUGUGGACCUCUCCCUUGUCACCUUCAACUGGUUCCUCGUGGUCUUUGCAGACAGUCUCAUCAGCGACAUCCUUCUUCGGGUCUGGGAUGCCUUCCUGUAUGAGGGGACCAAGGUGGUGUUCCGCUACGCCUUGGCCAUUUUCAAGUACAAUGAGGAGGAGAUCUUGAGGCUGCAGGACAGCCUGGAAAUCUACCAGUACCUGCGCUUCUUCACCAAGACUAUUUGCAACAGCCGGAAGCUGACGAACAUCGCCUUCAACGACAUGAACCCCUUCUCCAUGAAGCAGCUGCAGCAGCUGCGGGCGGCCCACCGGGAGCGGCUGGAGGGUGAGCUGCGGGAGCUGGAGCGGCUGAAGGCCGAGUACCUGGAGAGGCGGCCAUCCCAGGGCAGGCCAGUGCCCGAGGCCUGCGCCAGCGAGGACGAGGCCGAGGGGGAGCCCUGACUAGGCCACUCCCCUCCCAAAGCCUUCCUCACCCUCUGCUGGCAGGCCCUCUGGAAGUCGGGCACAGACCCCGUCACCUUGUGGCCCUGGACAGGGCCCUUCCCCUGCCGGGGCCUCGGGCUCCCCUGCGGGACAUCAUCUGCUGCGAGACCAUCAGUUGGGUCACUCUUCAUGAGCACUUACCCGGGGAUGCCACCCCUUUGUCUUCUUCCUACAGAGCACUUCAGCCCGUGGACAAGCAAGAGUGUGUCUUUAUAGGACAGCCCUGAACUUUCUCUAGGUCACAUCAAUAUAAAGCAGUGUAUUUUAAAUGCU